AUGAUACUUGAGAGGCUUGACUUCAAGAUUAUGAUCACUGUUGCGGGCGGCCUCCUGAUGGCCGCGAGCCUGCUGAUGUGCUUUAUCAUCUGUCUUAGCUACAAAGUGGCAAAGUCAGUGAAGGAAGAGAAGACGGUAAGAAUGGCUAACACCCCCCUCACCCCCAACCCUCAGAUGGGAUCCUGGGGCUCGUGCUUGAGCGGGGUCAUCCCCGGCCCUGUGGCCACACCCUGGGUGAGGUCAGGAACGGCGGGAGGGUUUGAGAGGACCGAGGUGGGGAGGGUAGAGUCUGGCUUUCUGCCCCUUCCCAUCUGGGGCUGUGAGCUCACAAAUGGAGUGUUCUCAGCUGCUGGGUCUGCGCUGCUUUGCCGUCCCUUGGCCUCGCCGGGUUCACCCUCAGCGGGUUGA